GGGUUUAGAAGUGGAGUGGAUCGAGAAAAGUGAAAGUUAUGUGAGGUUGGGGAUGAGAGUGGAACUGCACUGCCACUGAGCUCGGCUGAGAAGGAACUGCAAUGUCGGCUCAACCUGGCUUCGGCCUUUGCAUGGAAAAAGGUUGAAUCUUUUGUUAUUGGCUAAGCCGCUAGGGCUAAUGACAAGGCUGGCUCUCUCUACCUCUCUCUCUCUCUCUCAAUCUGAAGUGGUAUUGGGAAUUUGAAAAGCAAAAAAAUAAUACUAAAAUAGAGAGACACAAAGACUGCAGGUAUCUUAUCACUUCUCUAACAUGUUAAAAUAGUUUAUUACAUUUUGGGAGUCUCUUUUAAAUUUCUCUCAACUGUCUUGUCCAACUGUCUUUUUCUCAAGUGCUCCCAAGGCUUCUCCACUGGCCAUAAACAAACUUUGCAGCCUUUACUUGUCAGACUUCUCUCUCACUCUCUCACUAUCUGCCAAAAGAUAUAAAAGAAACCCACACAAGUCUAUGCAAAAGCUUUUCCAACUUUAUCUUCUCAUACUCAAACCCCCAAGCAACCCUAGCCUAUUAAAACCAACCAAACCUACAACAAACCAAACUACACACUCUCUCUCUCUCUCUUCAUGGACUUCCAUCUGAAGCAAUGGAGAACUCGGCAGCAUGAGUCAGAAGAACAACAUUCUGCAAAGAUGCCAAAACUCCUCAUGGAUUCCCACCCACCGCAGCCACAGCCACAGCCGCACCACCCAUCUGAGUCUACUGCUCCUCUCCCUUUGUUUGUACCUGAAUCCAACAGUAAAAUCAGUAACGUGUCAGCAUUUCCAGAUUCAACCCCAGCUGCUGCUGCUGCUGCCGCCACCAGAUUUCCCAGGAUGGGAGGAAGUUACUUCAGCUUGGCUCAGUGGCAGGAACUUGAGCUCCAAGCUCUGAUCUACAGGUACAUGUUAGCUGGUGCAGCCGUUCCUCCUGAACUUCUCCAACCAAUCAAGAAAAGCCUUCUUCAUUCUCCUCCAUAUUUCCUCCACCACCCACUUCAACAGUACUCUUAUUAUCAGCCAGCUUUGUUGCAAACAGGGUACUGGGGAAGAGCAGCCAUGGAUCCAGAGCCUGGUCGGUGCCGGAGAACAGAUGGUAAAAAAUGGCGGUGUUCUAGAGACGUGGUGGCCGGCCAAAAGUAUUGCGAGCGCCACGUUCACCGUGGCCGUAACCGUUCAAGAAAGCCUGUGGAAAUCCCCACACCUACAUCCUCCUCAACAACUAGCACUUCUAUUGGUAUUGGUGGGGGAGGUGCCAGUGGUGUGGCCGGUGCUGCUUUCAGUAGCACCACAUCCAUUAUUACACCGCCCCUAUCAGCGGUGACUGACGGGGCGAGUUUUUCUUUUUCUGGGCAAUCGCCUUCCGCAGAUCUCCUUCACCUCAAUCACCGUUCCUCGGAUUCCAAACAUGAAAUCAAGGGCCUGUUUGGACACCAAACUGAGGUUGGUCAUAGAAGUGAUGGUCACAUUCUGAGGCAUUUUUUUGAUGACUGGCCAAGGUCGCUUCAAGAACCAGAUACUGCAGGAAGCAAUGUUACUGCGACCUGCCUCUCUAUCUCAAUGCCUGGAAACCCUUCUUCAGACGUCUCCUUGAAAUUGUCCACUGGCAAUGCAGAGGAAUCAGUUGGCCCUAGAGGCAAUGAUAGGGAGCAUCCCCAAGUGAAUUGGACUGGUGCAUGGGGCACAACUCAGGUGGCGUCCAUGGGAGGGCCUCUUGCUGAGGCUCUGAGAUCCUCCACCUCUAAUUCGUCUCCGACAAGUGUUCUACACCAGUUACCUCGUGGCUCUGCUUCUGAAAUUAGCUACGUUAGCACUUGAUUCUGGUUUCUGUUGUAUAUACUUUAAAUAAGGGGUUCCCCACGUUUCUAUGCUCGUCGGCGGCUACAGUCAAUCCCAAUCAUGAUUCAACAAUGUAAUUUUGCAUGGAUGGCUAGUGCCUUGACGGCUGCGUUUGAUUGUUUUGGCUGGAAAAUUUACCUGAUUUAUUUGCUUCCAAA